UUGCAACAAACAUUUUCAAUGAUUUCUGAAGCCUUUCAUACGCUUUCCUGAAGAUCCGCAAGUACUCUUCUACAAAGGACCUGCUUAUUUGUCGAAACCAUUGUCAAGUACCGCGGUCGUCUCAGCCUCGUCUGGAAGUGAGACACGUCACCCAGCUUCUUCUGGCACUCAUGACGUUGAACUUCACCGUUCACUACACUGAGCGUCUGGUUCCGUUGACAAGGCUGCAGAUAUCUGCGCAGAUUAAGCCUACAAGCGAUGAAGGUGCACUAAAGUCGACGCAUGCAAUGCUCCAGGGCUUACCCUCUGAAGCUACGGUGCAGCAAUCUAUAAACUUUCUCCGUACUUUCCCUGUUCUGGAGGACAAACCGGGGCUGCAAUCUGACAAGGGGGAACCUGUCUUCUACAACGCCGUCGUCAGGAAAACUAUUUUCAACAUGUAUGCGCUCGCCGUGGAUCUUUACCUGGAGGAAUCAAGUGCGGCUCAGCUUGACGCAGAGUGGUGGGCCGAUAUCGAACAAUCCACCUGGUCUGUAGCAUCGUAUCUCUUACAGUCGUUGCCGAGUCGUCUUCGCCGAGUUUUGCAGUUGAUCCAGACACGGAAGAUGUCUGUUCGAUUGUCGGCCUUCCGCCCAUCAACUAUUGCAAGAUUCUACUGGGAUGCUGCGCCUAUUCGGCUCAACCCAUUCAUGGUUGCACUCUUUCCAUAUCUGCGAGACCAACCCUCUGUUGUGGCAUCAUUUACUCCUGUUAUCUCAGGAAAGAGUACGCGAGCGGACUCCCUUUGUCAGCUCAGAAGAAAAAAGUUGGAGAAGGUGAGGGACGAAAGAGCGGAAGUCCUUGGAAAGCUUUUGGAGUUGCGGUCCUUGCUUUCAAAUGGUCUGGAGGCCGACUUCAAUGUUUCGACUACUCGUUCGUCCAUUGACAAUCAAGCACUUACGGAGUUUCUGUUCAAGUUCGCUGUUGUCACAUCAGGCGAUGCAUCACAGAAAGGUGUUCUCCCCUUGAUCGAACAACUCCUCAGUGCAUUUAAAAAUCAUGGGAUCAUGCAUGAUGCGUACCUGAACGCCCACGAUCUGCGGCGACCAUCCCGACUUGCCCUCUUAUGGCCUCGCUUAUUCCUACUUCCCCCACUGACGCUCUAUUGUGCCAAGCAUAUUUAUGCUUCCAGAGCAACUUUAGCCGACCUUAUGCUAGAUGUGGUGAACACCGUACAAAACUUUUUCAAGGGUUGGCUGUUUGACCCUAUCAAAGAUGUCCUCAUAACUAUCCGUGCUGGUGGAGAAGAUGGCGUCAUUGUUAGGCGAGAAGCAGUAGCUGCUGACUUCGAUUCACUCGAGCGAAUGACCCUAGCUCUCGCUAGGGAGAAACUUGGUUAUAGUUCUACACAACUUGAAGCACUUUCACAGCAGAUACGUCAGGGUGACCUCACCGCUGUGCUGAAGAUCUAUGAAGAGGACAUCAAAAAUCCGGUGAAAUCUGCAAUAUCGGGGACACUCUUGAGGUCAAUGUUCAUUCAGGUCCAGAAGGCCAAAGUGGAUCUCGAUCAAGCGCUGGCUGGCAUUGAUAAGCUGUUGAAGUCUCAAGAACUCACUUUUGCAUUCGUGGGUGUCGCGCCAGCCCUUGCUGUCAUAUAUGUCGCAGGAGGAUUCCUAAGAGGAUUGCUGUCUAUAAGACCUGGGAGAUAUGGAGGUAAACUCAGAAAGACCAGUGUUUGGCUUGCAAUGAGGCGUAUCGAGCGGCUCCUGCUAUUCCAACCUAAAUUGUUGCACCAUCAUCACGAUAUCGAGAACGUGCACUCGGACACCAUUCCUGCUUUGACGACAGGACUAUUGGUUUUAUCUCUGGCGCACCUUCGAGAGUACGCUUUGACGUCACUACCAGCACGGUCACGACUCCGGGAGGGAUUUUUGGAAGAUAUCGAGUUCCUUGAAGAUCCUGGAUUGCGUCGAUCGGAAAAACUCAGGAUUAUUGAUAGAAUGUGGAAGAGUUGGGGAAAGGAACUUGGUUGGUACGAUUUAGCGGGCGGUGGAUCAAACAGGUAGAGAUUGGUUUCCUCCAAAGCGCAUUGCAGGAGGAACCGAUAGAUAACUGGGGACUCAAUGUGAUCAUAUUAUUUCGUCGCGUGCGUUUCCAAGACCAACAACUGUCACAGUUUAUGAUAGCAAAAUGCAGUAUCGACUAUGUGGACCCAACUAUGAAUUCUAGGAUAUCCGUGCCUAUACCAUUGAGGCAAUGUCGAAUGGAUGGUAUAAUGAACUGUCGAGCAGGACUUAAUGAAGGCGGAACCAUG